AUGGGAAUUCAUCAUAGUAAGGAAGGAGUGGCCAAUCAUCAUAGUGAAUAUAUCAAUCGUCAUACACCCUCAAGAGUAUUAUCAGAAAAUUCAAUUCCAAUUAAUAGAAUAAAUAAUAAUAAUAUUAAUAAUAACAAUAAUAAUAUUGAUAAUAAUAAUAAUAAUAUUAAUAAUAUUAAUAAUAAUAAUAAUAAUAAUAAUAAUAAUAUUAAUGGAAAUAAUGAUUUAAAAAAGAAAAAUUAUCUUCAAAAGAAAAUUAAAUCAAUUUCAUUUUCAAGUUUUAAAUCAUCACCAUCUACUCCAAAAAUUAAUAAGAAUAAAAGUCACAUUAAUAACAAUAAUAGUGGUGGUAAUAUAAAUGGAAAAGAUAAAAUAAAUAAUGAUAGUGAUAGUGAUAGUGAUGGUGAAGAGUAUUAUGAUAAUAAUGAAUACUAUGAUGGUAAUAAUUUAAAGACCAAUGAAGACUAUGAUGAUGUGGAGGAUGAUUAUGAUGAUGAAAGUGAAGAAAUUAUAGAUGACACAAUGGAUGAUAUGACAUUUCUACCAAGAUUCGAUAAUACUCCAUUAUCAUUAAUAAAUUAUAAACUAUCUUCAAUAAAUAAUACUCCAUACAUAUCAUCAAAUACUACAACCACCACUACAACUACAACUACUACUACCUCCUCAACAGCAGCGGUAUCAGCAUCUUUAUCAUCAACAAUGACGCCAUUAUCAAUUCAAAAUAAAUUUACAGUAAUAAAUCCAUCACCAUCAUCAACUUCAUCAACACCAAAAGUAAUACAGGGACCAAUAGCAUCAACGAUUAUAGCAAGCAAUGGAAUUACAGGUAGUGGUGGAUUAAGUAACAAUUCAAAUUGGUAUCAACAAAAAAAUAAUGAUGAUCAAGAUGAGGAUGAUUAUCAUUUAUUAAAUAAUAAAGAAAAUGAUCAAAGAAUUAAAGUGGUUGGUAUGGAUGAAAUAAUAUAUAUAUUAGAAUCACAAGUUAUGAAAACUUCUGAAAUUUUAGGUACUUCAUUAUUAUGCUCAUCAACUUUAUUGUUAUUUUUUAAAUGGAAUAUGGAUCUUUUAUUACAAAGAUUCGUAGAAAAAGGUGAAGAAUAUGUUUUUACUGAAUCUGGUGUUCAAUUAUUAUCCAAUUUCUCAUCGUCAUCAUCAUCAUCUUCUUUUUCUUCAAAUGAAACAACAUUAGAUAUUCAAAAACAAAGAUUCAUUGAAUUAUUAUUACCAGCAAUUCCAAAUAAAUCUAAAAAUUUUCAAAAUAAAAAUUUACUAGUAAAUAAAAAUCAAAAAUCAACUAAAAUAUAUUCAUUACCUACUUCUUCUCCAUCAUCAUCUCCUACAACUUCAACAGGAUAUAAUCCAUCAUUACCAAUACCAAUACCAUCUUCUUCAUCAACCACACCUACAACAACAUCUUCAAUAGUAUCAACUUCAAAUUCUGGUGCACUUUUCUCUGAUUUUAGAACAAACAGAUCUCAACAAAAUCAAAAUAACCAACCAAGAGGUCAAAUCAGUAGAAAUUUAUCAAGAAAUCAUAUGAAUUCAAUUACAAUUACUCCUCCACAAAAUAAUAAUAAUAAUAUUAAUAUUAAUAUUAAUAAUAAUAUUAAUAAUAAUAUUAAUAAUAAUAGUAAUAAUAAUAAUAAUAAUAAUAAUAAUAAUAAUAAUAAUAAUAAUAAUAAUAAUAAUAAUAAUAAUAAUAAUAAUAAUAAUAAUAAUAAUAAUAAUAAUAAUAAUAAUAAUAAUAAUAAUAAUAAUAAUAAUAAUUCAAAAAACUAUUCUCCAAAUAGUACACCACAGCAUGAUACUCAAUCAUCAACGAAUAAUGACGAACUUAUAAAAAACAUAAAGGAACCAUUAUCAAGUCAAGAAGAAAGAAGAAGGAGGGAAGAUCAAACAUUAAUGAUUUUUAGUAUUAUAAUGGAAUUAGGUAAUCAAUCUUAUGGCGAUGAUGAAAAUAGUUAUAAUUACUAUAUUAAAAAUAAAAAUAAAAAUAAUAAUAAUAAUAAUAAUAAUAAUAAUAAUAAUAAUAAUAAUAAUAAUAAUAAUAAUAAUAAUAAUAAUAAUAAUAAUAAUAAUAAUAAAAAUAAAAAUAAUGAUAAUGAAAAUAAAAAUAAUGCAAAUGAUAUUUUUGAAAAUAAUGAUAGUAGCGAAAGUACACCAUCCAUCUCUCCAACUUCAACAACUACUAAUACUACCACCACUACUACCACCACUACUAAUACUAAUACAUCCAGUGAUACUACCACAAGUGGAACCAAUACAACAAAAAUAAAAACAUCUGAUCAAGAUAAAGAUAAAAAAUCAAAUAUUGAGGAAAAUAAUAAUGAAGAUGAUGAAGAUGAAAGUUUAAAUGAAAAGUAUAAUAAAAUGAAUGAUAUUUCAAAUUCAUUUGAAUCAAGUACUACAAGGGAAGAUUUAUAUUAUGAUCAAGAAUCAGAUGAUGAAGCUGUUGAACAAUUAAAUGAAAAUAAUAAACAAACUCAUAACCACCAACAUCAACAUCAUUUUAAUCAAGCUCAAAAUUUUGUUAACAAGAGGUUCGGAACUAAAUAUGAUUUUUCAAAUCCACCACCAUCACCUAGACCAAUUAGAAGAUUAACCUUUGUAACAAAACUAAAGAAAGAUAAUAACGAUUUAUCAAAUAAACCUACCAAACAAUCUGAAACUUUGGAAUCUAGAAAUAUUACAACACUUGGCUCCAGUAAUGAUCAACAAACCCAUUCCUCAAAUACAAAUACAAAUACAAAUACAAAUACAAAUACAAAUACAAAUACAAAUACAAAUACAAAUACAAAUACAAAUACAAAUACAAAUACGAAUACGAAUACAAAUACAAAUACAACAAAAAACUACUCAAAAGAUCAAAAUAAUACUUUAAUCGAAGAGAAACCAAAUUGUACAAAUAAUAAUAAUAAUAAUAAUAAUAAUAAUAAUAAUAAUAAUAAUAAUAAUAAUAAUAAUAAUAAUAGUAGUAAUGGUAAUAAUAUAACCAAUACUAAUACAAAUAACAGUAUAAAUAAUAAUAAUAAUAAUAAUAAUAAUAAUAAUAAUAAUAACAAUAAUAAUAACCCAAUGUCAUUAAGUUCAGAAAAUUCAUUCUUAUGUACAACAGAAGAUAUUGAUAAAACCAAUAGUACAUUUACAUUUAAUAAUGAAAUUAGUAGUGAUGAAAGUGAAACAGGGUUCCCAACACCCCCACCUUUAACAAGAUCAUUAACAAAUAAUAAUCAUGUUUUAUGUUCAAGUAAUAAUAAAAAUAAUCCUAAUAAUGUCAGUAACAGCAAUAACAUAAUAAGUAACGAUCAAAAUGAAAUUGUUGAAACUCAAAGAGAAAAUAAUAAUAAUAAUAAUAAUAAUAAUAAUAAUAAUAAUAAUAAUAAUAAUAAUAAUAAUAAUAAUAAUAAUAAUAAUAAUAAUAAUAAUAAUAAUAAUAGUAAUAGUAAUAGUAAUAGUAAUAGUAAUAGUAAUAGUAAUAGUAAUAGUAGUAAUAGUAAUAGUAAUAGUAAUAGUAAUGGUAAUAGUAAUGGUAAUACCAAUACCUAUAGCAAUAAUAAUAUCAAUAAUAUUAAUCAAAAUGUUUUACAAGUUGAAAAUGAAAGAAAUGAAAAUUAUUUAGAAGCAGAAAAAGAUGGAGCAAAUGAACCCAUUAAAUUGGAUGGAGCAGCACUUCCAAGUCAAAAUGAUCAAAUUAUUGAAAAUGUUAACAUUCAAAAUAAUGAAAAUAAUAAUGUAAUUGAUAUUAUUAAUGAUAAUUUGGAACAAAGUAAUGAAAAUAAAUUGGAGAAUACAAAUUCUAUUUAUAAUGAAAAUGUUAAUGAUAAUGUUACUACGACAAUCGAAGAAGUAAUUAAUAAUAAUAAUAACAAUAUCAAUAAUAGUAAAAAUAAAAAUAAUAAUAAGAGUGAAAAUUUAAUUGAAAAUGAAUUAAUUAAAAAUGAAAAUGAUAAAGAAAUAGAAAAAGUUAAAGAAAAAGAAAAUGAAGAAAUUGAAAAGGAAGAAUUAAUUGUAUGUUUAGUAUGUUUUUCAGAUGUAACAAAACAAAAAGCAUAUAGUUUACAAUGUAAUCAUAGUUAUUGUAUAGAUUGUUGGUAUUCAUAUUUAGCAAUUUCAGUUGAUUCCGGUAAAACAUGUUUAUAUACAAAAUGUAUAGAGCCAAAUUGCAAGUAUGUUUUAAACUUAAAUGAUUUUAAAAUAUUAUUAAGUGAACAACUUUAUCAAAGAUAUAUUCAAAUGUAUGUUAAAUCAUUUGUUGAAUUUAAUCCAAAGACAAGAUGGUGUACGAAUCCACAAUCAUGUUCAAUGGCAAUUCAUUACAGUGGUGUAGAUUUACCAAAUAUAAUUAAUGUUACAUGUUCAUGUAAUUGGAGAUUUUGUUUUCAUUGUGGUGAUGAGUAUCAUACACCAUCAACAUGUGUCCAAGUUUCAGAUUGGAGAAUAUUGAAAUCAAAAGAGGAAGGUCAAAAUGCAAUUUGGUUAAGUCAUAAUACAAAGAAAUGUCCAAAAUGUAAAAUUCAUAUUGAAAAGAAUGAAGGAUGUGCCCAUCUAACUUGUCUAAAUUGUAAACAUGAAUUCUGUUGGCUAUGCAAAGGACCAUGGUCUGAACACGGUGAUAGAACCGGUGGCUAUUUUUCAUGUAAUCGUUAUGAUCCACUUAAACAUGACUCUUAUGAUUUGGAUAAAACAUUUGGUCCAUAUGUUCACCAUUUUCAAAGAUUUAAUUAUCAUCAUAAUGCAAAGAAAUUCGCAAUGUGUAAAUUGGAAUUAUUCAACCAAGAAGAACCAAGAUUAAAAAGAAUUCCAAUGAAUGAAGAUUGUAAAUUACAUUUUCAAUUAGCAAAACAAUUCCUAUUAGAUGCUUUGAAUUUAAUUUUAGAUUGUAGACAUACCCUAAAGUAUACCUAUGUCUAUGGUUAUUAUUUACAAGAUAGUUGUGAAAAAGAUUUAUUUGAUUUUCUUCAAGAAGAUUUAGAAAAAUCAACUGAACACUUAGUUGAAAUUAUAUUUGCUGAAGUUGAAAAAUAUUUAACAUUUAUUACAAAACAAUUAUUAGUUUUAAUAUCAAAUAAUAUUAAUAAUAAUAAUAAUAAUAAUAAUAAUAAUAAUAAUAAUAAUAAUAAUAAUAAUAAUAAUAAUAAUAAUAAUAAUAAUAAUAAUAAUAAUAAAACUUCAUCAAAUGUACAAAGUGAUAAUAAUAAUAAUAAUAAUAAUAACCCUUCAACUGUUCAAACCAAUGAAUUUAAAGAAUAUUAUAUAUUUGAUACAGUUCAAUUUGUUCAUGCUAAUAAAUAUUAUAAAGUGACAAAAGCAUUUUUACAGAAUUUAACAAGUGGUAUUCAUUAUGGUUUAACAACAAGUUAUGCUCCACCUUUAAAUCCACCAAAUUCUACAAAGAAACAUUCAAAAGGUACUUUAUCAUUAUUAAAAAGAAAAUUAACUUUUCCAAAAAUAAAUUAA